AUUGAUUACCUAUUGGAAGUCUCGUCCCGAGGGAGGCACAUUCCAUUAUUCUUUAUCAACUUGAUCUGUUGUCUCUAACUUUAAUUCGGUCCUUGUCUCUUUUUGUUGGUUUUAUUAGUGGUGCUUCUUUUUAAUAGGGACAUCUUUAAUUCUCUAUUUCAUACACCUCAUACACCUCCUACACUACCUACACUACCAGAUUCUCACUCACUCCUACGAGAAUCCGUCAAGAUGGCCACCCAGCGUGUAAAUUCCAUCUUGAAGCACCUGUCACCGGGUUCUCCUCUAGCUACUAUCACAUCGAAGAACCCCGAUGACAUAGUAAUUACUCUCGCGAUUCGAACACCCCUCUGCAAGGGUAAGAAGGGUGGUUUCAAGGAUACUAGCGUGGAAUACCUUAUGUAUUCUAUUCUUAAGGCUGCGCGCGAACGGCUAGGCUUUUCACCAGACCUUGUAGAGGAUAUUUGCAUGGGUAAUGUAUCAGACGGUAAAGCAGCUUACAAAGCACGCGCCGCCGCACUCUCCGCCGGAUUCCCCAACACAACAAGCGCUUCAUCCGUAAAUCGAUUCUGCUCCUCAGGUCUUAAGGCGACUGCGGAUAUUGCCCAUCAAAUUGCUACAGGCUCAAUAGAAAUAGGCAUUGCUGCUGGUACCGAGUCUAUGAGUAUUGGUGGCGAUGCUCUCGAACAACCCUUCGACCAAGAAGUAACCAAACACAGCCAAGAAGCUGUUGAUUGUAUGGAAGCUAUGGGUUGGACAAGUGAGAAUGUCGCAAGGGAUUUUGGAUUGACGCGUGAGGCUGUCGAUGAGUUCGCGGCCGAAAGUUUUAGACGGGCCGAGGCAGCGCAAAAAGCCGGUUACUUCGAUGAUGAGAUUAUUCCUGUCACCACCAAGGUGAAGGGACCUAAUGGCGAAGUAAAGACCGUCACUCUAACAAAAGACGAGGGUAUUCGACCGGGAACAACUGCUACUGGCCUAGGAAAGAUCCGCUCUGCAUUCCCGCAAUGGGGUCCGAUUACCACUGGAGGUAAUGCUAGUCAGGUUUCUGACGGCGCUGCGGCUGUGGUGCUUAUGAAGCGUUCUAAGGCUACUGAAUUAGGGGUGCCGAUUCUAGCUAAGUAUGUCGGUUCGACUGUUGCGGGUUUGCCUCCUCGGAUUAUGGGUAUUGGUCCCACUGUGGCGAUCCCUAAGCUACUGAAGCAACACAAUAUCACUUUAGACGAUAUUGAUGUUAUCGAGAUCAACGAAGCAUUCGGUACUAUGGCCGUUUACUGCAGGGAUUUCCUGAAAUUAGACUGGAACAAGUUGAACCCCAGAGGUGGUGCCAUUGCCCUUGGUCAUCCCUUGGGUACAACAGGUGCGCGACAGAUCGUCACAGGUCUAAGUGAACUUAGGAGGACGAAGAAAAAGAUAUUACUCACGAGUAUGUGUAUUGGUACUGGUAUGGGGAUGGCUGGCUUGUUCGUGAACGAGCAAUGAUGUUAAGUUUUUUGAUGAGCGGUUAUGAUGCUGAAUGUAUCCAUGUCAGCGAAUGUAAUCUGAAUUAGAGAACAUGUUGAAUUGGAAUGAACCAUUGUA